AUGAAACCAUUCCAGCAAUUGGCUUGCCGAAAGGCGCUGGCUGGACUCACACCGCGCAUUGCGCUUCCCCAGAAUGUUGCGGCAAACCGGCUAUCACAGAGAAGCUUCAGUGCCAGCGCAAGGGCCUUCCAGGCUGCCGGCUUAGAUGCUUCCAAACUGACUGUCACCAAAACGAGCACCCCUAAAGAGCUCACAGCACCCCAGGACCUUGUCUUCGGAAAGACCUUCACGGGUGGGGAUUUCGCCUCUAUUGUACACAGAAUCGUUGUGCUGACCCGGCUUACAGAUCAUAUGCUCUCCGUCGAGUGGACCGCUACAGACGGAUGGCAUGCGCCGCGCAUUAUCCCCUACCAGAACCUCAGCCUCGACCCUUCGACCUGUGUCUUCCACUAUGCCUUCGAGUGCUUCGAGGGAAUGAAGGCUUACAAGGAUAAGAAUGGUGGAAUCCGCCUUUUCCGUCCGGACAAGAACAUGCAACGCCUGAAUAAGUCUUCUUCGCGUAUCGCUCUGCCGACGGUGGAUGGCGAGGCCCUGACCAAGCUGAUCGGGGAUUUCGUCAAGACGGAUAGCCGAUUUAUUCCGGACGCCCGCGGGUACUCCUUGUACCUCCGACCUACCAUGAUCGGGACCCAGAAAACCCUGGGUGUUGGGCCGCCCGGGUCGGCACUGCUGUUUGUAAUUGCUAGCCCCGUGGGACCCUACUACCCAACUGGUUUCAAGGCCAUCUCGCUCGAGGCCACCGACUAUGCCGUUCGCGCCUGGCCCGGUGGUGUGGGUGACAAGAAGCUCGGUGCCAACUAUGCUCCGUGCAUCCUGCCCCAGCUUGAAGCCGCAUCUCGUGGCUUCCAGCAAAACCUGUGGCUCUUUGGUGAGGAAGAAUAUGUGACAGAGGUUGGCACUAUGAACCUCUUCAUUGCACUGAAGAACAAGGAGACUGGCCAGAAGGAAUUGAUUACAGCCCCUCUCGACGGCACCAUUCUGGAGGGUGUCACAAGAGACUCUGUGCUCAGCCUCGCCCGUGAGCGGCUUGUUCCCAAGGGCUGGGCGGUCUCGGAACGCAAGAUCCGCAUGUCCGAUGUCGCGGAAGCUGCCGAGGAAGGCCGAAUGAUCGAGGUGUUUGGAGCUGGUACCGCCGCCAUUGUCAGUCCCGUGCGGAAUAUUAGCUACAGUGGCAAGCUGGUGGACUGCGGCUUGAAGGAGAACGAAGAGGCUGGUGAGAUCGCUCUUCAAAUGAAGAACUGGAUCGAGGGAAUCCAGUACGGAGAUGAGGAACAUGCCUGGAGCUACGUGAUUUAA